AAUGUGUAGCUCAAAUUCUUUUAUUUAUACACGUGUUUCAAAUAAUAAAAAGCAAAUGGACGAAAAAAAAAAAAAAUAUAUAAAAAAAAAAAUAAAAUAAUUUCUUUGGAAAUAUAUUUAUAAGCAAUUACAAAAUGAGUGAAGUAAUCGAAAUUGAAGUUGAUGAUAUUGAUAAAAAUGACGUUGAUAAAAAUGAUGUUGAUAAAAUAUUUACCUUCGAUGAUGUCGAUGAUAAAUCACAUAAUGGUAAACCUAUUACUAUUAUAGAAACAUCACCAAAUGAAAACUACCUUAUUACUUAUAGUGAAGAAGAUCGUUCAAUUGUCGGUUGGAAUGUUGAAGAUAUUGAUAAGGUUCAACUUAAAUUUGAUAAAACUGUUAAAAUUGAUGAAGAUAAUAAAUAUGAAACCGAAAGUUUAUGUGUUUCUGAUGAUAAGAAACUAUGUAGAAUUUAUAACAUAUCUGAUUAUCAUCAUGACGGUAACAUCGAUGUAAUCGAUAUGAAUAAUAAAGAUAAAAUUGCAUUAAGUUUUUAUAAAAGGGUUGAAUCAAUGUAUUGUACCUUUAAUUUAAAAGGUGAAUUUAUUUUAUAUAGUGUAGUUAGAACUACUUUUGGAAAUACUAAAAUUAUUUGGAUUUAUUCCACACAAACUAAAAAUAACAAAUGGGAACUUAAGAGAUUUUACGAGAUACCUAAAGAUUAUGAAUUAAUAAGUAUAUCAAAAUAUGAUAAAGUUUAUCUGUUUUCAAAUGAUUACAUUUGUGAAUGGAAUAUUAAUACUGAAAAAAGUGUAAAAAUAUUUGUUAAUAAUAAGGAUAAGAAUAAGUUUGAAACAAAAAAUAUCGGGAUAUUCAAUAAUGAUGAAAAGUUUAUUUUUUUAAAAGUCAAUGAUAAAAUCAUCGUUUAUUCAAUCGAAUUGGAAAUUCCUAUUGCUACUUUGGAUAUAAAUAAUGAUACUCAACUUUAUAAUUUUAUGAAUCAUAGUGGUUUAUUUCUUUUACCUUCUUUAUUCUAUUAUACACCAGAUAAAGAAAUCAAAUAUUGCUGGAAUAGUAAAUACAAAAAUAUUCUUAAUCAAACUUUACUCGAAGAACCAACUGAUGAUGAACCAACUGAUGAACAAACUGAUAAACCAACUGAUGAGCAAGCAAAGUUUGUGUUUGGAAUUCUAAAUGAACGUGUUUGGAAAUCUAAAUUUUACGAAAAUAAAGUUAUUGAAUGUGAUGAUGAUGACAAGAUAACUUACAAACUCUCAAAUGUCCAUCUAUAUAUGGAUACUGUAUCUACAUUAUUUCAAAAUGCCAAAUGCGAAAGUGGAAAAAAAUUAAUAACUGAAUCAAUUAAAAAUUUGAUUAAAUGGGAAAUAUAUGCUGAAGAUGAUAAAAUUAAACUAGAAGUUUUCAAAAAAAUUAAUACUAAAUGGGAAUUAAUUAGCACGAGAAUUGAAAUUUAUCCUUAUAGAUCUAAGUAUGAUAUUAUUCCGGUAUCAAAAACAAAGCAUAUCUGAAAAUACUUCAACAUAAUGAAAGAAUAUUUUCAAAAUCUACUUUCCCAUUACCAAAUUAUGACAGUUUUAGAUUAAAUGAAUGGGUUUCAGUUGUAAUAA